AUGGGAACAAAAAUACACUGGGAAAGCUACUUGCCUGGAUUUUACUACAUGAGGGAUCUUAAUGAAAAUUUUGGCAAUAGUAGGUGGCAUUUUUUUUACGGGGAUAAAAACUUACCGAACGGGCAACAUUACAAUGGUUAUCCAGGGGAUGCAAAGGAUGAUUUGAAACAAAAAAUGCUCGAACAUGAGGCAGUAUUUAAGAACCAGGUGUGUGAACUUCACCGUCUAUACAGAAUCCAGAGGGACAUGAUGGAAGAAGCCAAAAGGAAGGAAAAAAUCGAUAAAAAUCGAGCUUCAAUGGAGCCAGCAGCUUCAUCAUCAAAUCAUCACAAUUCUCAUUUGGAGGCUCGAAAAUGGCACAUGGCAGGUUUUCCUCUAUUAAAUUCUAGGGUCGAAAUAGUUAAUUCUCACACGAGUUGCUUAAGAACAAACGGGCCGACUUCAAAAGACCCCGAAGGCCUGAGGCCCUCAAAGGCAAGGAAGAAAUUGUUCGAUCUUCGACUUCCAGCUGAUGAGUACAUAGAUAUUCAAGAAGGGGAGAAUUUAAAAGAGUUUAAAGAAUCUCAUAUAUCAGGUUAUAAUAGUGGUUUGGCAGAUUUAAACAAAACCAUUCAGAUCGAAGACGAUGUGGGACCAUCAUCUGUUGAUUUUCUUGGUUGUGCUGGAAAUAUCAAGGCUAAUAAAGGGAGAAUAGAUCAACUUGCUAAUAAGUCUAGUAUGGGUUAUUUAGGUGAUACCGUAAAAAUGCGCAGUGGAUUUUCGACAAAUUCAUCUUUCGGAAGUAAAGCUAAUACGAGAGGAUCGUCUAGGGGUAAUAACUACUACUCGCCCGCUCAAGAUUCUCAACCAGAUAUGUUUUUACCUUCCCAUCCUCUUGGAACUAAUCCGAGAGAUGUGCCCCGACAGAUUCUAGAAUCUUCCAACAGGAAUAAUCAUAGCUCCUCUUAUUUCACCACUUCAUGGGCUCGUCCCGUCUCAUCUUGGGGCAACCAACCCAGUAGCUCGGCCCAAAACUCAGCCGCAUUGGAAACAUGCCCGAAGCCUUUGUUUUUCCAAAGAAACAAUGAACUGACGUUGAACAAAUCUUAUAAAAUGGCCACCUCGGUUUCCAAAGGCGUACAAAAUCACCCACCGUUGACUAGCUCUGACCAUCAUGGUUCCGGCAUAUUAUUAACGGGCCCAAGGCCCACGAUCGAUAUUAACUUGAUCCCGCAGAAUAUAAAUGGAGAAAACAAGCCCGAAGUGUGCCAGCUGGCAUCCUUGCCUUGGCUUAAACCCAAGCCAGUGACAGAUCGUAAAGUUACAUUGCUUCCCGCGAAGCCAGAGAUCCACACGAAAGAUGAGAUUCAUGAAAGCAUCAAUCAUUCCGGGGGCAAAAAUGUCUUUAACAAAGAAAAGAACGGGUCGAUUGAUUUAAAUGUUGUAGCUUGUGAGCCAGACGAGCAGAUAGCCGAAAACGAGCUUAUUACUUCAGGAAAAGAAAAUUCGAUUGACUUGAACUCUUGCCUAAGUGACUCUGAAGAUUACCAAGCAAGCGUCAAAAUAACACUAGAAAUCGAUCUUGAAGUUCCCGUUUUUCUCGAUAGUGAGGAUGACAGCUCGCUCUCCAAGGAAAAUGCGCAAAACGAGCCCAUAAAAGAUGAAAUUCUUCAAAAUGCGGCCGAAGCAAUAUUUGCCAUGUCAUCAUCGUGCCAUGAUAAAGCCAUGCGGCCCGAAGUUUCUUUAUCCGAGGCAAUAAACUGGUUCGUAGACUCAAUCUCAUCAUGCUCGGGUGAAAAAUUGAGGAGAAAUGAAAUAGUGGAUGAAUAUGAGGCCAUGACAUUGGAACUUGCCGAGACUAAAGAAGAGGACUACAUGCCCAAGCCUUUCGUGCUUGAUAUUCUCAAAACCGAGGAGGAAAACGAGGCCAAUGCCUUGAAAACGAGGUCUAGACGAGGCCUGACUCGGAGGGGCCGUCAGAGGAAAGAUUUCCAGCGGGACAUUCUUCCGGGCCUGACGACACUUUCGAGGCAUGAGGUGACAGAGGAUCUUCAGAUAUUCGGUGGGCUAAUGCGGGCCACGGGCCAUUCUUGGAGUUUCGGGCCCACGAGGAGGAAUGGGCCCGGUAGGGGCAGGAGACGUGCAUCGGCCCAAGUUGCAUGUGGACCCACUAUUGACAACCUGGCUUGUGCAAUGGUGGAGGGUGGUUUGGAGGAAAAGAGGCUGACCGGGUGGGGGAAGACGACUAGGCGGCCGAGAAGGCAGAGAUGCCCAACGAGUAAUAUUUCGACGGUCGUGUUGACGUGA